GUGUAGAGUACGGCAGGUAUGAAAACAUGACACUUAUCUGUGAUGUCGAAAAUAAGGCGAUCUGAGAGCGGAGCUCAGUUGAUUGCCCGCUUGGGGAGGAAACCAGAUCUUCAUGGAAUUGAUCCUGUUCUCUUCACAUCAUCGAUACCACCUGGAAAUAUUAUUGAAUUGUUUGGCAAAGGUGGCUGUGGAAAGACUGAGAUUUUACUCCACUGGAUUGCAAACUGUAUACUUCCUGUCAAAUGGCAAGGGAUAGAACUUGGUGGCUGCAACAUUGAUGUGUUGUUUAUUGAUAAUGACUGGCAUUUCUCCAUUCUGCGACUAGUCAAUGUUAUAGAAUGCUGCAUCAACCACAAAAUUAGAAACCAUCUCACAAAUGAGAAUUCUGUCAGUGUUGAUGUAGAGAGUAUCAUUAAAUUUAGUUUACAACAUCUGUAUGUUGAACGCUGCCAUGACAGUUUGGAAUUUCUUAUUUCUCUUGAGAUGUUGGAGACAUUGCUAGGCAACAAGCCAAAUAUUGCUGUUAUCAUGGUGGACAGUAUUAGUGCUUUCUAUUGGAUGGACAGAAAUAACUUUAAUGAGACAAAAGUGGAACAUUUAAUGGGUGUUUUACAGAAAGUUGUCAAUGACUAUCAGAUUGUGGCCUUUUUAACCAACUCCUGGACUAAUGUUAAUCACAAAGAUGUGCCUCAAAUGGAAGAUGCAGUUGAUACACCCAAAUUCUCCAACAAAUUUGAUCCAAUUUACAGAGUUUGGCAGAAGCUAGCAACACAGAGUUAUCACAUGUGGAAAGAGAAAACAGGACAAACUCAUGGGAUACGUCUUUAUCAUCCACAUACUUCCAAUGCAUUAUGCAAAUUGUGUAUUAGUGAUUCUGGAGUUGAGUACUCAAAAUAGUUACAGUUAGUGUGGAUGUUUAGAAAAUUAAUCAAAUUUGAAAGUCUGAAACUGCAUUUUUAAGCUGGUCUAAUAAAAUUUAAAAUCAUAAUAAUAAAAAA